AUGAUCAUUACUUAUCUCACUAAGCUUGCAACCUUUGCACUCUUUACACACGCGUGGGCAGCUGAUAUAACCAUCUCUCCCGUGACAAACGCCGAUCCGGGUGCCAAAACGGGCCAUUUUUCGGACCCGUUUCAUGUUGUUUAUCAAGACGCCAAGGAUCUGUACAUUUCAGGCACCACGCACAAGUAUCUGAAGUGUAACAGUGGCGACCUUUCGGCCGGAUGCGCCUCUCUUCUCAAGAAUAAAUAUGAAACCGGUUCGGCAUUGAAUCAAACAGCGCAUGCAGCCGGCACAAAAAUCUGCGGCGCCGCUGGGAUUCACCCUUUCCAGAGCAAGGAUCGCUCGUGGGAUGCGCUCGUAACGCUGCACGUUCAAAGCAAGCCUAAAAAGUGCGAUGGAAUAUCCGGAUGGAGUGUCAUUGUUCACGCGCGUUCGAAGAACCCGGGCCCUGCAGACUCGCCACCGACAUCAUGGAUUGGGGACAAGGUGAUGAUUGGAACAUUCUCAGACAACGUCGACGCCAACUACGACGGCAAGUACUUCGAGACACCGGACGGAAAGCUAUAUCUCGUGUAUCAGAAGCAGGAGUCUAAGAAACCAAAGCGUGAUGGCGUUGCCGCAUGGCCAAUGAACAACCCCACGACGUUGACACCCGGAUCCAGCCCUACCUUUUUAUUGCUUCCUGGCGAAGAGUUGAAUUCAGAGAAUUAUGUCUCUGGCAAGGGACACUUCAAGCUCAUUGAAACGGGCAACAUCCAUGCAAUUAAUGGCAAAUUUUUCAUGGCCUAUUCUGUGGGAGCGUACAAUCGGAACACGUACAAGAUUGGCAUCGCAUACUCAGAUACGUUCCUGCCCGCCCCUGGCCAACAGUACCGCAAGGUGAUGAAGAACAACCCAGAUCAUCUUUGGGAUUCCAAGCGCAAGAAGGAGGUCUACUACUUUCUUCAAAGCGAGGAGAAGCACGAUGGCUGGCACUACAUCGGCGAUCAGGUCCUUGCACCAGGUGUACCGACUGUUGCUCAGAUUGGUCCUAAUAACAGCUGGGUUUUGUUGUUUGCCGGUUACAAUCCCAAAGAUGCUCCCACUAAGGAUGGCACAGAUAAAUACCAGGCCAGCCACCGUCGUCCAUACUUUACUAAAGUUAACGUAAAUAUACCUGACAAUCUCUCAGUUAAGCAGGCAACCGACGAACAAUUACAGCGUUGGAUUACACCUAGUCAUUAG